AUGUCCGGCCGAAAGCUGGGAGGUGGCCGCGUCCUGGGCAGCGGCAAAGGCCUGGCGCCGCCCACAGCCUCCGCCGUCCGCCAGCGUGCCUCGAGCCCCUUCGCGCCUUCAGAGAGCACCGUUUCCAUCACAUCGGCGUCCACCUCGCCGCCCGUUUCCAGCCCCGCUCCCGACUUUGCCGCACAAGACCUGACGUCCAACAUCAGCCUUGGCGGGCCUUCAAAAUCGGGGGGCAACAGCUCCAAGCUGGUCUGCCCAAUAUGUGAGGAAGAGAUGAUGACUUUGUUGCAGCUGAAUCGACACAUCGACGAUGCACACCAGGAGCUGGCCGAGGUCGAGCAGGAUGAAGUGAGAACAUGGUUCGACAAGCAGGUCACCAAGGCGAAGCGAUUUCAGCCUUUAUCCAUCAUCAACCAAAAGUUGCGCGGCCUCGAGGUCUUCGAAUCCAACGAAACCCUGCCUGUUGCUCCCGUCUCCGGCCCCCGAACACAGGUUGAGCAGCCGAUCGAUCCCGAUGAGCUCAUUACAAGAUCGCAUUGGCAGCGCCAGACUAUGAAUGACCGUUGCACCGACCCGCUUUGUGGCAAGAACCUCGGAGCUGUCAACGGGAGCAUCAACUGCCGACACUGCGGACGCUUGUUUUGCGAAGAACACACAAUGUACCAGAUGAAGCUCUCGAGAGCUGCAAAGCACGAGCCGGUGCGAGGAUACUGGGCAAGAGUUUGUGAGACUUGCUACAAGUCGCGCGAGGGAUACAACGACCACAACGGCGUUCUCAUCGACCACACAAGCGCAUUCACCGAACUCCGGCGGAAGAGAGUCGAGAGGCAGAACUUGGAGGUCGCCAGGCUGGAAAAACGGCUGACAAAGCUGACGAUGUUGCUCGCGAAUCCGCCAGAAGAAGUGGCUACACACAACGGCGCGUUAUCGGUAGCCAGCUUGACAGGGCAGAGGAACCCAAGAAAGUUGCUUGAACAAACAGUGGUGACCUGGGAGGACGAUGCGUCGGUGCCGAGCUGCUGCUCAACGCUGGUCGGAUUGAACGUGGCUAGUCAUCUAAAAUCUGCCACAGAAAAGCUAUCAGCCGCUACCGAUCAGCUCAGCAUCGAUGUCCGCAUGUGUCGCGACUGCAACCACACCAUCUUCUCCAAACGCGACUUUGACGCAGCCUUGGCGUCCAAACCGCCUGAUCAACGCGCUUACGAGACCCUUCGGCAGUUCGAGCGCGGCAUUCGUCAGAUCAUGCCCAUCUUCCAGCGGACACUUCUUGCACUGCAACCCGAAGGAAGCAACGCCUCGGGCGAACACCCGCCCCCGACACACGCGCAGAUCCAGGAGGCCUCCAAGAUCCGCAAACGGCUCACCGACGCUUUUACGAAAUACGACACGGCCGCACGCCGCCUCCGCGACCUCAAGACUACCUCCAAGAUGCAGCUUCGGCUCCAAAACGCGAUCUACGCCGCGGCGUCGACUUUUUUGCACACGCACAUGCUCACGCUGAAAUCAGUCCCGCAGAUCCUCCGCUCUCGCUCCUCCCAGAGCUCGCAGUCUCGCCUCUUGACACUGCAGCAACAGAAUCUGAAUGGAUCAUCGUCGUCGCUGAGCCAGCUCUCUUCUUCCUCGCCACUGCGCAACGGCGAGGCCGUCGACACGUCAGAGACGGGCAGUCAGGCCGGCAGCGAGGCGAGCACGCAGGUCUCGGCCCUCGAAACGGAAGAGAAGGAUCUGCGCGAGAGGCUGGUCGUGCUCGAGGAGCAGCGGUUCAUGGUCAAGGAGAUGAUCGACAAUGCCAGGGGGUCGAGGCGGUUCGAGGAGGUCAGCGCCCUGACGCGCAAUAUCGAGGAGUUGGACUCGGAAAUCGAGGACGUGAGGAGCCGGGUUGGAGAUGUGGAGGAGAGGUGGCAAGGGCUUUACGCUGGUGGUAUUGCUGCCUGA